AAACUCUCCGGUCAGCUGAUCGGGAGUUGAAUGAACAGGAGGACAAAGUGCGUACGAGCGAAACAUCGAGCGAACACGAGGAGCGCGGGCCAACACGAAUUAGAAGUAUGGUGUCCGCGAGACGGCGACUCUGUCGUUGUUGCAGACGGGAUUGCAGCAGUCGAGCACGUGUAUCCACCGAGUAAAGGACGCCACGCGGUCUCCCCGUCCUCUACGCUGCUGCCUCUCGCUUCCUCUUCCGUUUCCCCUCCCCCCUCCUGUCUUUUUUCGUAUUCACACGUGCAUAUCGUAUCGGUCGUGUGUCUCAACGCGGCAUGAUCAACGGGACCGUUCAGUACGUUUUCGUCGGUUAAUCGGGAAGUGUCGCGGGCGAGCAACAGUUUUAACCGAGUGAAACGAAGAAACGGAAUAGGAGAGAGGACUCCCAUACACAUACACACACGAGAUGCCGGACAAAGUCGCGCCGGCUGAAAAGCAGGUCUUAGGGACCGCCAAAUCCGGCGACUCCAACACCGUGAAAUUGAAAAAGGAGCUCGGACUAUGGGACGGUGUUGCGAUCAUCGUCGGGAUCAUCGUGGGCGCCGGAAUCUUCGUCUCGCCGAAAGGUGUUUUGAGGAACAGCGGCAGCGUCGGACAAGCGCUAAUUGUAUGGAUAUUUUCCGGGCUGUUAUCUCUGGUCGGUGCCCUCUGUUACGCGGAGCUUGGUACGAUGAUUCCCAAGUCGGGGGGGGAUUAUGCGUACAUUAGCGACGCUUUCGGUCCCUUGCCGGCGUUCCUGUACCUUUGGGUAGCGUUCUUCGUCCUGGUUCCGACCGGAAACGCGAUCACCGCCCUCACGUUCGCGCAAUAUAUUCUGCAGCCUAUCUGGCCGGAUUGCGUGCCUCCCUACGAAGCGGUGCGACUGAUCGCUGCUGUCAUCACUUGUAUACUGACCGCCAUCAACUGUUACAACGUGAAAUGGGCAACCAGGGUGCAGGACAUCUUCACUGCGACCAAAAUCUUUGCCCUCGUGAUCAUCAUGGUCGCGGGACUCUGGUGGCUUUGCAUGGGCCACACGGAGAACUUUCGGGACCCAAUGGCCGGUACCAACACUCAACCCGGCUACGUCGCCUUGGCCAUUUAUUCCGGCCUGUUCUCUUACUCGGGCUGGAAUUAUUUGAACUUCGUCACCGAGGAACUGAAGGAUCCGUACAAGAAUCUACCAAAGGCUAUUUGCAUAUCGUUGCCGCUGGUCACGGUGAUAUACGUACUAGCGAACGUAGCUUACUUCGUGGUUUUGACGCAGGACGAGAUUCUCGCGUCGGACGCCGUGGCAGUCACGUUCGGCGACAAAUUACUGGGCGUGAUGUCCUGGAUAAUGCCGUUCUUCGUAGCCUGCUCGACGUUCGGGGCCCUGAACGGAGCGAUUUUUGCGUCCUCGCGAUUGUUCUUCGUUGGGGCGAGGAAUGGACACCUGCCGGCCGCCAUUUCCCUCAUCAACGUACGGAACUUAACGCCGAUGCCGUCCCUCAUCUUUCUCUGCAUUAUCACCAUGGCACUUCUAGUCACAGAGGAUGUCUACGUGCUGAUCAAUUAUGUCAGCUUCGUUGAGGCACUAUUUACCACGCUGUCUGUGUCUGGCCUCCUCUGGCUUCGCUACAAAGAUCCCGAACGCGAACGACCAAUAAGGGUGUCGAUCCUGUUACCGAUCAUAUUUUUCGUCAUCUGCGCUUUCCUGGUAACGUUUCCCUGCUACGUGUCGCCCUGGGAAGUGGGUAUUGGUGUGAUAAUCAUCCUAUCCGGCAUACCGGUCUACUGGGUCUUUAUCUAUUGGAAAAAGAAGCCUAAAUGGGUCGUAAGGUCAUCUCACAAUCUGAACAUGUUGUGCGCGAAACUGUUCAUGUGCGUACAAGAGGAGAAGAGCGAUUGAGGUCCUUGAGCAACAUCUUUCCUUCGUCGCAUAGUUUCGUACGGAAUCCGCGUAAAGGUGGGAUUUCCUAUAUGCGUUAGACGCGUGUGUCUGCAUUUAAACGAAGUACGACCGUGUUUCUGUUUCUCGUUUUAUCCCACUGUCUUCGACGUGUAACGUCUGCCGAGCGUCUUCUGUAACAACUCAGACGCAAACCCAUGCGUUUCACGCUAACAGAAAAUCCCACCUGAAAGUCGAGCGGAGCGGAGCCGAAGAGCCAGCAUCUCGGUCAUUCUGUGCGUAUUGAUUACGGUUGCGACUCUCGACCGAAUCUGACAUAACAUUCCAAUAAAAUCGGCACCGUUUCACGCUGGACCUGCGAACCAACGCUAUUCUGAACGCGCGACGGCAUUCGCAACCGUGUUUUUCUGC